AUGGUGACUACAAAUCAGGAAAGCAAAUAUCGCUCGUUUUUUGUACCCUGUCGAUUGAAACGUAGCAAAGACAAUGUGUCUAUUGAACAUGAUACAGCUCAGAUGGUAUCUAUCUAUAUGGCCUCUGAGGAUUUCAUCCCUGAUAGUGUCUUCCAUCCUCUAGUUGUCAGCUUGAUUGGAAUGGUACAAGACAUGGGCUACACAGCCAUGCUGGAAUUAUUUAGCAACUAUGCAAACAUUCGCUUAGGACUUGAACACAGUCUCAGCUUAGGACCAGUAGUCAUUAAUAACAAGCCCUCAUUGAAGUUGGAAAUAUUACGGAUGCCUAUCACUCAGGAGGAUGGUACCAAGACACCAACAGGUGAACCCAGUCCUAGAGUCUGUAUGCAGGUGUUAGAGUUUCUGAAGAAAGAGAUGAAAGUGCUGACAUCUGGAAUGAAACACACACGUUAUAAGUUCCGUGUCCUGUGCUGGACAAGCUUGCGAGAAAUGCAUUUCCACGAUUUGGAAGAGUGCCUGGAAAAUGCCUAUAUCCCAUGCGGUAAGGAAUUGAUAACCACAGCCAAACUUCAGAGGAUGUUCAAGAAUAAGCAAUUAAAGACAGAUUCUUCAAAGGAAGCACCGACUCCAAGCGACUUAGAAACAGCAGCACCAGAUAAAAAUCUUGGUUAUCUAGAAAGGAAGCACCUGCUUCAAAUCGCCAAAGGCAUGGGGCUGGAAUGGAAACAAGUGGGCAUCAGACUGGGUCUCAGUUGGAACAGGAUCCAACAAAUAUGCUGUGACUACGGCCUAUCGCAAGAACGCAUCAUGAGUAUGCUUAUAGAAUGGAGGAAGAAACAGAACUACGAGACAAAUCAAGUUGAGAGGAUGUACAUGGUUUUGACAGAGCAAGGACUCACAGAGCUUGCUGGCAACGUUUUUGGAUCACCAGUAAUGUCAGUGGAUCUACCAUUCCAUGUAGAAGCAGUUGAAGAACAUGCUAGUGGAAGAUUAUAUCAAACACACAUAAAACAAGAUGGUCAGUUGACAGAUAUUGAUAUGUUAUUUAUCGCCACAAGACUUGGUAAGCACUGGAAGGCCUUUGGCAUCACCCUUCGUCUGGAGCAACAUGACAUAGAACAAAUUGAGAUGGACUUUCCACCAGCUGUAGACUCUAGCCUUGCAAUGUUGAUAAAGUGGCGAGAAAUGCAGUAUGCUGUUGUUGACUAA